AUGUCAGAAAGCAAUCAAUCCCUCGCCCAGAAGUUCUACGCCCACUUUCAUGCGACACGCUCUGAGUUCCAGUCUCGUUUGGAAGCCGUAAAGGCUGUGGCGCCAGCUUCCGGCGCCUUGGAGCAGCUAUCGGUGGACGUAGCAAAGCUCAGGAAGGAGCUGACUGACGCAACGGAUUAUCUGCCUUCUUAUGAUCAACGCCAAUAUGAGCUGCACUUGAAAGAGAUCGAAGAGUCUCUGGAUAGACUACGAAGCGCAUCUACGGUGAAGCCGAAAUUCGCCUUCAAGAGGAAGACACCAAAGGCGACAGGAACGCCCGCUCCCUCUCCUGUCUCUUCCUCUCUGACUCCUGCUGUAUCCGUGUCCUCUGAGAAUGAGCCUACGUCGAGAAGUCUUGCCCUCUCGGGUCGCUCGCACGCAUACCUGGACUUCACAUCCCUUCACUUUCCACCGUCUGCCGCGUCCGACCUCACUAUGUCCGAUCUCGAUCACUGCAUCGUGAAUCUACUGCCCUUGGCAAACGAGAGCCGAUCCUCGCUUUUCACUGCAUUGCACGUCCGCAACGUUCGCAAUUGUGUCAUCAUCUUGCCUCCCAUAGAUGGUAGCGCCCUACUGCACGACCUCACCCGGUGCACAUUAGUCCUGGGCUGUCACCAGUAUCGAAUGCACACGUCCACUCAGGUCAACGUGUAUCUUUCCGUGGCUUCAAAUCCUAUAAUCGAACAUUGCUCAAGCAUUCGCUUCGCCGGAUAUCCAUCUUGUCUUGCCAAUCGGCUGGGAGGUGGAGCAUCCAUAUCGGACAUUACCCCGAUGAUGAUCCAGGACUUCUCCCACAUUAGACCCACUCCGUCGCCCAAUUGGGCUAUGCUGUCGAGAGAGAGAGCCGUAGCGGACGAAGACUGGCUUCAAGCGAUGCAUGGCGAACGCAAUGACGUUGAUACCACACUGACACGGCUACUGCCUUCCCUCUAG